AAACGUAAAAUAUAUGUAUAUACAGAAAAAAAGAAAAAAAAAGGAAAAAUAUAUGUAUAUACAUAUAUCUAUAAAUUAGAAAUUAAAAAAUAAAUAACCUCAACUGGCCGGGCAUGGACAUUGAUGCCUCAGCACCAACUGGGCUCCUCCUCCAUCUCCUCUCUCUUCCCUCCUAUGAUAACUGCCUAUAGAUAGAAAAGGGCAUAAAGCCCUGAGCUAUCAAACCAGGCUCACCAAUUUACGAUACGAUAAGAUGCAACAAAUAAGAAACCACUAAUGUGAACGCUCCUUAUUGUCCCAUGUUUCAGUUGUAACGCACUGUCACAGUGAAUGACCUCAUAUCGCCAGUAUUUCAUGAUCUACACAAUCAUGAGUUCAGUUGUGAUUGAACUCCAUGUCCCAGAGUUCCGUGCGGUCCCCCUUCUACUACUUCCUGCUGCCUUGCGCAAGCUCACAUCGUCGUAGAAUGCGGAUUCUGAAGCUAGUGAGAAUAGCUAGCCAGUAAGCUAAAAACAAGCUUCUCGUUGUUAGGCUUCAAACGGGUAAAUAAUGUCUAAAACACACUCACAGCCUCCGUUAUGUUCGGCAGCGACGACCACCGGGGGACCCUCCUCGUCCUCUUCGUCUUCGCCCGCAGGAGGCUCGACAUCUCCCGCAACCGUGUUGAACGUGCAGCCCGAGAAACCUCAACAUUACACAUAUCUGAAGGAGUUCAGAACUGAGCAGUGCCCCCUGUUCGUGCAGCAUAAAUGUACACAACACAGGCCUUUUUCCUGUUUCCACUGGCACUUCCUGAACCAGCGGCGCCGUAGACCCAUCCGCAGACGGGACGGGACCUUCAACUACAGCCCAGAUGUGUACUGCACCAAAUAUGAUGAGGGAACAGGCACCUGCCCUGAUGGAGAUGAAUGCCCAUUUCUACAUCGGACAGCAGGUGACACAGAGCGCAGAUACCACCUCCGCUACUAUAAGACGGGAUCAUGUAUUCAUGAAACAGAUGCAAAAGGCCACUGCAGCAAAAACGGUUCCCACUGUGCCUUUGCACACGGAUCACAUGACCUGCGCAGCCCUGUUUAUGAUAUCAGGGAAGUGCAGGUGAUGGAGUCUCAGGGGGGCUCGGGGCCCACAGAGGGAGGUGGAGGAGAUGGACAGUCAGGACAGGCAGCAAGCACAGCUCUCAUAGAGAAGAUCCUGAGUGAGGAACCACGCUGGCAAGACAACAACUACGUGCUGUCCCACUACAAGACAGAACUCUGUAAGAAACCUCCUCGUCUGUGCCGUCAAGGUUACGCCUGUCCAUAUUACCAUAACAGUAAAGACAGGAGACGCAGCCCGCACAAGCACAAAUACAGAGCGUUGCCGUGUCCAGCUGUGAAACAGAGUGAGGAAUGGGGGGAUCCCAGUAAAUGCGAGGGAGCGGAGGGAUGUCAGUAUUGCCACACAAGAACAGAACAGCAGUUCCACCCAGAGAUCUAUAAAUCCACAAAGUGUAAUGACAUGCAGCAGUGUGGCAGCUGUCCCAGAGGGCCCUUCUGUGCCUUCGCUCAUGUUGAAAGGCCCUUUGUUCCAGAGGAACCACCAUUCCCCACACCAAGCUCCCCUCCACCCCCCAGACCUCCAGACCCUCUUCCUUCCCAAGAAGCUUCUUCAAGUCCCAGCAGACACAACAUGGGGCCCGGGCCUAGAUCUGCUUCUCUUUCAGACCCCUUCUCCCCGUCUGCAGGGUCAUGUGUAGCGGAGCACGGGCUGCUGGGUAGUGUUUUGUCUCUGUGCGAGGACAUGAGUGGGAGAGCAGAGCCUCUGUCUCCUUGGGCAGGAGAGGGAGGGUACGGCAGAGCACCUGGAUUUGAGAGGGAGGAUCAGGCAAAGCAAAGGAGUUUUGCUCUUGAGCAGCGCAACAGAGAAAUGGCAACAGCACAAAGCAAACAGGACUUGUUAGUGUUUCUGCCCGUGGGAAGCCCCUUGAGUCUGUCCUCCAGCAUCCCUUCCAGUCUGGCCGCCACCCCGCCCAGCCCCGCCCCUCUCGGACCACCGGGAUCCGGCAUCUCCUCGGGCAUGAACGCCAACGCCUUGCCAUUUUACCCCACCAGUGAGACCGUAGAGUCAGUUGUAGAGUCGGCCCUGGAUGAUCUGGACCUGAACGAUUUCGGCGUGUCGGUGUUGGAGAGGAGCUUGGAGAGCAGCUCUGCUCUGCCCAGUGUGGGAGUUAUGCUGGGAGGCAGCCAGUUCCAGAGUUCUGCCCCAGUCAAUAUCCCAGGAUCCUUUAGCAGCUCUGCUCCUUUUAGCUCCCCUUCACCGUCUCCCCCAAUCAGGCCGCACACUUCACCAUUCUUUACUUCUCACCUGUCACAACCCAGCCAAUCAGAAAGCACCUUCUUGGGACCAUCUCAUAGCUCUUUAGGUCUGAAUGGUAUGAGCACUAAUAUCUGGGAGCAUUUUCCAUCAGGCCAGGGUUCCCCUGGCACCCCUCCCACCCUUCUGCCCUCUGGCCCCUGUGCAGAGACCUCCAGGCUCAAACAGGAGCUGGAGGACGCUCACAGGGCUCUGAAGCAGUGGGGUCACAGCUGGAGACACACAGCUCAGUCGUGGGCUGCACUGAAAGCAGAUGCAGAGGAGUCGCGUGCCCACGCAGCACGGUUAGCCAUGGAAGCAGAGCGAGCCAAGCAGGCUGAGGAGGAGGCACAGAGACAGGCUUCUCUCCUACAGGAGGCGCUGGAGAGCUUAAGGAGUGGAGACAACCCCCAUCUAGCGCUGCAUCAACUCCAGCUACUACACCGACUGCCCUUGGAGUCAGUCCUCAGUUUGCAGGCUCAGCUGUGUAGCUGCCUACACGCUGUAGAACAGGUGGUGUACAGGAAACAGAGACAGUGCUGUGUGACGUGUGGAGAGCAGGGCUCGGUGUCCCUGCCCUGUGGCCACGGACUACAGUGUGAGAGCUGCUCCACCUCUACAGAGUGCCCACUCUGCCCCGAACAGACCCUGGAGCAGCAGCUCUCUUGACCCCGCAACCCGCUCGGACCACCACAGAUUCCAGACCAGUCAGUCCUGAUUCCACAGAUACCAGCCUUGGAUCUCAAUCGCCAUUCAAAAUUACGUCGAGGUCAUUUUAUAAUGUGGUAACAACACAAGCGCUGAUCUGGUUUUGUAUUUUUAAGAUGACGUUUACUGAUGAACGACCAGCACAGGUCGCUAAGUGAAAGCUCUUAAUGUGGAAUUUAGGAUUCAUCAUUUUUCUAGUGGUUACCCGUGGAACACCAGUACUUUUUACUCUUGACCAGCAACACUGUUCUUUACCCCUGUUCUCGAUUUGUGAAAAUAACUUUUAAGACCUGCUGUUAUUUCUUCUCUAACCCUAACUAUGAAACAUUUACAUAGUUCUAAAUCACAUUUUGAUAUGUUCUAAAGCAUAAGCUCACCCUAAAGAACAUAUUUCCAGAGUGUCAUCUAUCCAUCUGGAUGGCUUCAGUGUGAUUUGCUGAGGUUUAAAGAUGUUCGCUGUCACCUUUUGUAGGUCAAUGGCAUUUGUUUUUUGGCACUCAAAGCUCCAAAACAUUUCAUAUAUAAUUGAACUGUGAGACCUCUUUCCAGAAAUCAAGGCAGUUACUCGUGAUUAUUCACAGUCCUCAUAAACCACAAUACUCAGAAUACACAGUCCUCAUAACGCACAAUAAUAAGAAUACAGAGUCCUCAUAAACCACAAUACUCAGAAUACACAGUCCUCAUAAAACACAAUAAUCAUAAUCCACAGUUAGGAGCAAUCCUCAUUAGAAGCAGUUUAACUGACAACUAUUUUCUACUAAAGUAAGCCCACUAACUAUUCAUGCCAUAUAGAAUGAAGUAAACCAGUACUCAUGGAUGAGAUGCAUAUGCUUUGUGACAACACAUACGUGAAUGUAAAACUACAAUGGUCUUCUUAGCUGAGGUAUAACUAAAUAAGGCUUGGUGGCCAGGUAGUGUCACUCUGGUACACUCUGCUGUGUGUUUACAUCCAUUUCAGGGUACCAUGAGUAACUGUUAUCAUUUCUGAAAAGAGACAAAUUUAGUUGUGUUGUGUGACGGCAAAGAUCUCAAAACCUUCUAGAUGGAUGGAUGACACGGCAGGUUAGCAGUUAGCAGGGUUAUGAGCUGUCUUAAGGUCUGAAAACACUUAAAAGGGCCUGUUGUCUGUUGUCUGCAUCAUCCAGACAAUGAUCCUAUAUCGCUGCAGCCAAAAGGGGGCCGUCAAACCAGUCUGCUGGUAGCGCUUGUCUAGAUUAUAUUGAAUUUCUUGUUUAAUUUAGUUUUUUGGUUUUUUUUACAAAAUGCAUUUAAAAUGGUCAAUUACUGUUGAAUAAUAACAGAAAAUAUUUAAAUAAUGUAGUAAUAUUUGUUUAAAUUGACAACAGAUGGCCUCUGUUAAAGCACUCAGGUUUUCUCUAAUAUUCUUCUACAUAAACUGGAAGAGGAAAGCAUGUUAACACAAUCAAGGCAAAUGUACUCAGUCAACUUGUGUAGUCUUUGAAAUUACAUAUUUUUAAUUUUUACUUCAACGCUUUUCAUGUUAACUCAAACAUACAGACUUUUGUUAAAACCAGCCCAUUUUCUAUGUUUAAAAUCAAUGUGACAGGUUUUUCUGCCAAAAUUUUUACAUUUGUAGUAAUCUUUGACAUUUCACCGUGUGUCAAAUGUAGUCUAAUAUAUAUAUUAUAUAUAUAUUCACACACAUAGUUAAGUGAUGUCAUACUUAUCUCUUGCACUGAUUGGACAAAGCAUCAGGAAGCAGACAGAUAUGUAUGGUGUGUGAGGUUUAAAUGCAGGAGUGAAAGUGUUCAUGAUCACUGUGAUGGUCUUUGGUAAACCCAUGCUCAGCAUACUGUCCAGACACAACUCAUCCAACACCAGUGUUUCUUUCUGAGUGGAUAUUUCUUUGUUUUUUGGUACAGAUCAUUAAAACAAAUAUAGUAUAUUUUUGGAGGAAAACAUU